AUGUCGGGCGACGACAUCAGCUUAGUGCAGAGGAUCCAGCAGGUCUUCGAACGUUUCGACAAGGAUGGCGGCGGCUCCUUGGACCGACAGGAGAUGCAGCUGGUCUUCAAGACUCUCUGCCCAAAUUUCUCCUCGAAAGAGAUCUCCAGGUUCAUGGGAGAGCUGGACCGAGGCGGUGACGGCGCGGUCUCGAAUACCGAGUUCUUAGAAUGGAUCAAAGCCGGCAGUCCUGCGGCUGAGGAGGUCUAUAAGGUGAUCCUGAAAGAGACCGGCGAUGCCAUGUCGGCCAGAGUGCGGGAAGUUUUCCAAAGGUUCGAUUCCGAUGGCGGGGGGUACCUCGACAAGGACGAGCUGUCCCGGGUCUUCCGCACGCUGAAUUCGGACUUCACCUUCAAAGACAUCGAGGCCCUGUGCAAGGAGCUGGAUCGAGGUGGAGACGGUAAGGUCUCGCACAAGGAGUUUCUCCACUGGCUGAAGAAGGGCACCGAGCUCGCGCAGGCCGUGUCGAAGGCCAUUCUGAGGGAAACUGGCGAAGCCCGGGAGGAGCGCAUCAAGAAGGCAUUUCAGGCCUACGAUGCCACGGGUGACGGCUCCUUGAACAUUGAAGAGCUGCGGCAGACGCUCAAGGUACUCGGAAGCUUCUCGGAGGACGAGGUGCGCAAGGUGUGCGCAGACUUGGACAAGAGUAAGGAUGGUGAGGUGGACUUCCAUGAGUUCACCUCCUGGAUCAAAUCCGGCACUGGCCCGCCGGCAGCCAUGAAGGCCAAGGCCAUCCUGGCUCCAAGUGACUCCGACGGUCUGGAGGCCGUCUACUACAACUUCUGCGGGGCGGGUCAUUCUGACAUGGACGGGAAGAGCUUCAAGAAGCUCUGCCAGGAUUGCGAGCUGAUGGACAAGCGAUUGGACUUGACGGGCGUCGACUUGAUCUUCGCUGACAAUCGCGUGAAGCCCCGGGGGCAGAAUCGCAUCGACUUCCUGCAGUUCGAGUCUGCCUUGGAGCUGCUCGCGGAGAAGAAGGGGGUGGCGAAAGCGGAGAUCCGGAAGGACAUGGUCCUUCAGGGGGGGCCAAAGGUUGCGAAGAGCACCUCGGUGCCCGUCAUCCCCGCGAACCGGAAGCCCAAGGAGAACCUCCGACAGAUCAGCCAGAAGCGCAUCCUGUCCAUCAUCAAGCGCCCCGCCAACGAGCCCAAAGGCCAGGAGACGUGGCGGAAGGACGUGGACAACAAGGAGCUAUGGAAGGUCUUUGGCCUGGACAAUGCAGCCGGCCGGACCUUAAAACGCAUUUACAGCGGCACCGAGGUGGGAGCCGUGUCCCCCGUGAGCGCGCAGCGAUCCCUCCGUCGGACGCCCACUGCGGAGAUGAUGAUGGUGGGCAAGGCGCACUCCGACGGCCUCGUACUUGGGCCGAAGGGUGCGUUCAGCCUCGAGGGCUGUCGGCUGCCCACGCCGGUGUCUUAUGCAUCCUAG